UUAACUUAGAUUAAAAAUGGCAUUACGAUUAAAUAACUUAAUACUUAGAACAAGUUCAUAUUUAAAUAAAUGUUCAAAUAUAAAACGAUAUACGCACAACAAUUUAUACGAACCAGAUUAUUUAGAAUUAUUAAAACCUAAAGUACCAAUUUAUGAUGAAAUUGAUAUACAAAUUAAAGGUUAUGAUUAUCGAGUAUUAGAAAAUUAUCAAAGUUUAAUCAACACCAUAGCGGAUAAUAUGAAUUUAUCUGUUGAAGAGUGUUGGGCUACACCAUGUCGUCAAUAUCAAAUACAAAAAUUUAAAGAUAAAACAAACAUUAUUGAAAGUGAAUAUCAAUUGAAUAUGUAUGAACGUAAUGUUCAAGUUGUUGAUGUACCAGCACCUAUGUAUCCAACGUUUUUACGAUUACUUGAAGCAUCACUACCCGAAGGUGUUACAUUACAAGCUCGAGAACAUUUAGAAGAGCAUGAUAACAUAAGAUAUGUACCUGAUCAAGAAUUAAAACAAUUAAAAUCACAAUUAGAAGAAUUAGGUGGUGCACGAAUAAAGAAAUAAAUUGAUUGUUGUUAAUUGUUACAAUUGUACAGUUUUG